ACUUUUUAAACUAAGUCCUGAUGAAGACCAGUCAUGGUCGAAACAUGUUAGCUUUGGCCAUUUAAACUAAUUCCUUUUUAACUACCGGUAUACUGUUUUUUUUUGUGUGAAUUUUACUUUUUUGGAGUACCUGGAUUUUGUUGCAUCUGAGAUAUGCUCGUCUGCAGCCCAUUUCUCGCGCUGGAGGAUUUGUGUCUUGUUGUCUGCCAUGUCUGCAAUCAGGUGGUCACUCCUCAGGGCAUACUCAAACACUAUGGUAGCUGGGGUGUAGUUUCCCUGUGAACAGAAACAGUCAGUCCCGGACCACCUCCCCUGCUCCUCUCCGUCCCACCCCCCACAAAGAGACAUGCAUAGUAAGAACCAAAAGCGCCAUGGCUCCCCGGUUCCGUCUCGGGGUCCCCUUGUCCCGAUGAAGCCCAAGACCCCCGCAGUGGCCCCGGCGGUUAACCCCAGCCCGGGCGAUACUCUGGCAUUCCGGGUGCCCAAAGAUUACCCGCACUCACGCUUCAACAAGGCACCGCUCGCCGUCUACCCACCCAAGGGAGCCCGCAGCAAAACAUGUGUGUCUCUUCCGGUGGUCAGCCUGGAGAAGAUGCCCUGUCUGAGCCGGACCAGCUCUGGGUCCCACAUGCGUCUCAACUCCGCCCCCUCCGUCCACAAACCCUCCUCUCUCACCCCCCCUCCCUCCCAGCGUUCAUCCGAAAAACUCCUGAACGGUAGGGUUAGCAGCGGGCCCCCCACACCGCGCGCCAGCCCCUCCCCGUCCUCUGUGGAUGGUCGUCCCAGCCCGGUGCGCUCCCCCCUGGACAGAAGACCCUCCUCCACCCCUUCUCCCUCCCAGUCCGACCGCAAGCCCUCCCCAUCGCCCUCCCCUUCACAAAGAUGUAGCGCUUUACCCUCAUCUUCAUCCUCAACACUGGAAAGGAAGCAGCAAAAUGGAACCAAAACUACAGCAGCCAGGCCACACAAAAGGCUCUCAGGAAGAGUGUUUGAUCCAAAUAAGCACUGUGGAGUCCCAGACCCUGAGACGAAGCGGCCCUGCACACGCUCUCUGACCUGCAAGUCUCACUCCUUAACCCAACGCCGGGCCGUCCAAGGAAGAAGGAAGCAUUUUGACGUACUGUUGGCUGAACACAAGAGCAACGCGAAGGAGAAAGAGGGACUGAAAGAGAGGGAAAAAGAGAGAGAAAGAGAGAGGGAUGUAGCCCAAGAGCGGAAAGAGCAAAGUUUGAACAAGAGUCUCUCCUCACAUCAGAGCCCCAGCAAGGCUCACUGCCCCAACGGACGACCACUAUCCACCCUAAAGCUACGGCUGGCCAAUGCUCACAUACCCAGGGCUCCAGGUCCCACUGCCUCUUCCUCCUCCUCCUCCACCCCUCUGCCUCCGGCUCCCACCCCUCCCUCUGCCCCACACCCAGAGCCGUCCCCCUCAGGCUGGACGUCUUCAGCCGGAGAGGGAGGUCGACUCUCCAGUGACGAGGGAGACGCGGAAUCACCAGAGGACACUGACAGAGCGGCCCUUCACUUCUCCAGUCACCACCCUCAACCACUGGGGUUGUGCAUAUUCAACAGUCGUCUAAUGGGACGGGGCCACUAUGUGUUUGAUCGGCGAUGGGAUAGGAUGAGGCUCGCUCUGCAGAAUAUGGUGGAAAAACAUCUCAACUCACAGAUGUGGAGGAAGGUGCCUCUUGCAGCAGAGAGCCUUCAGACUCCCUCCUCUUCCUCCUCCUCCUCUUCGUCUCAGCAGCCGUACCCUCCGUCCCCCCUCUCCGGCAGCUCUCCUGUCUCCACACCUCCAUCAAACUCCUACACUUCAACCUUCCCCCAGACAACGGGGGUCUUUAAUAUCCGGGAUGCCCCACUUUCUCACUCGCAGACUGCACUGGGCAAAGCAGGCAAUGGCACGCAUAAAUCAAGCCGCCAAUCGAAAGUGACGGAGGACUCUUUAGUGGGAUCUAAGAAGAGGAAAAACUCUACUUUCUACUCAUUUUCUUCCUUGUUUCCAGCGGUAGAUAAUCACAAAAGGAAUGGUAGCAGUCACCAUCCGACGUUACAGGGCGCAGGGGGGACUGUGGCCACUCCUGCCCGCCGAAAGGAGCUUGGUGGUGGGGGAGGUGGGCUGUGGAGCGGGGCAGAGGGCUGGAUGUCCAGAUCUGAAGGGCCGCACAACUCACAAAGUAGUCGUGAUGCUGGCGUCAGUGCACCCUACACCUCCACCAAGGAUGCAGCUACUGCCCCAUACCAGCCCCUGCCCUCCCCCUCUGUGCCCCUGGCCCACGGAGGAAAGGCAGAAAAUCGAAAGAGGAGGAGCCCCAGCUCCUUUAGAGGGAAGCCCAGCAAACUGAGCCGCCCAGGAGAACCAGAGAGUGUGUUUGGGAAAGGCAACGACAACAGUGGGAUACUGGCUCUGAGACCAGAGUCUCCCAGACAGGUCAAGAUGCAUCACUGACAGAAAUCGACAUCCUGGUUUGAAUGUUUGACCUUUGAACUCACCACUCUCAUGCAAAACCAAUGGACCGCUAUCCUGUUUCAAGUCUCUUUUUUUACAUAAUAAAAAUGGAUUCACUCACAGAGAUAAACAUUCUGGGAUUUUCAACCACAUGUAAACUGUUCUUCUAGCCUGGAUACCUUUUGGAUACAUACAUACAAACAUGGAAAACUGUUGUUCACUCAUUCAGAACUCUCUCAUGUAGAAAGGGAAUUUGCCUUGACUUUUUACACUAAGGCAGCCUCGGCACCACUGCUCAAAAACUCCAAUGCAAUCAGAGCGUUUCUGGUUGUCUGUGUACCACUUCAACCACUUCCUGUGUCUGGUCAGCUAUAGAAGAAAAUAAUUUGUUUUUAUGGUGUGCUGAUUUGAAGGACCCUCUGACACAACUACUGUAGGAUAGGACUGUGAACUGCAGCUAUGCCACUUUGACAGCCCCUGGUCCCUUUGCUCGUUCAUUUAAAGGAAGCAGCUUUGGUUGAGUUUUAUCCAGCUCUUUCUCCAUUUCUCUCCUUCUCUUUCUAUCUCCCUCAUCAUUCUUUUUAUCUUUUUUGGAAACUCCUGUUUAUCUGUGUAUAGAGAAACAGGGCAAGCUCUAGAGAUACAAACUUAUCUUUGCCUUUGUGUACCCAGCAUGCCCGUGGUCAAAGUGCACUUACUCCUACUCUCCCUCCCUCUCUUUCUCUCUCCAGCUCUCUCUUUCUCCCUCCCUCUCUUCUCUCUCUCCCUUUCUCUUUCUCCUUCUCUUUUUCUCUCUCGUGCUCCAUCUGCCUUCCUCCCUCUCUCUCUCCCACCCUCUCCCUCCAUUCCUCUCGCUCUCUCUUUUGCGCUCUCUCCAGCCUCUGUCUCUUUUUCUCUCUUUCAUCAUGGACUCCACAGCAGCCUCCAGCAGUGCCACACAAGGGAAGAUAACGUCUUUGUUACCGACUCACUCAAUUUCAAUAUAGGAAGGAGAUUGUUGAUUUAUUCCCUUCAGUCAUUACUGCGAAAAACACAAAUGUGUGUGCGUGUGUCAGGACUCGCAUCCCAAGUGAACUAACGAUGAUACAGUCAUGGAUGUCAUUUUGUAAAAUAAUUUAUCAUUGAUUUAUGUUUUUGUAACUGACCAUUGAUGUUUGAGACAUUUUGAGCAAAAACUAUUUCUAUGGCAUUUUGAAGAAAUGUUGAAAGUAUUAUGAAAGUUCAUAUUGUUAAAAUGUGUACAUAGCUGUUUCUAUUUUUGUAUUUAUUAAUAAUUGACCUUUUACUGGGACAAGCUUUGCCCUAAUACCAGUUUUUUUAUUUUGUCAUAUUAAUAUUCUGGUCUGGUUCCUCACAAGUACAAGAAUAUUUUGAUUUGUGAAUUUCAUUAUUUGACUGUUUGUAGAGUCCUUGGCAGGCAUUUAGAGGUCUAUAAAUUAGAAUGUAAUUGAAAAGUCAAUGCAUGUCAACAGUUCAAUUCAAUGUGGAGCAAAUAUCGAUUCCCAGUAAUAGAAGAAUAGAGUAGGAAAAACUUUACUCUGCAAAAAUACUUAAGUAGCAAUAGUAGUGGACAUCCUCAUUAUACCUCUGCCAACUACACCAAAGUCAAAUAACAUGGCAAUUUAUGUAUUUAAAUAGCUGGUAAUAUGAAUCACUCACCAGUUUCAAUAACUUAUUUUUAAAAUAGAAAUGCAGAUUAUGUUAUGUUUCAACAAUAAUGAGAUUUAUUGACAUGUGGAUUAAUAAUAUCUGAUUAUUGAUCCACAACUUGACAUAACUAUAAACACAUUGAUGGGUUAAGAUUGUGUUGCUGUAUUCAUCUUCUCCUGAUACAUUCUUUGGUAUGACACAUAUCAGUCAUAUAAUUUUGAGAAACCAGACCCCCAUGUAAGGGCCCCACAUUCCUGUUUGCCUGUGGUUUUCCCUUUAUCCUUCCACUGUUCAGAGCUAUACAAUUAUUUUGUAACUGUCCUAAACUUCCAAGACACACAAGUCUACUUCUAUGUCUGCCAAUAUGAUUUUAUAUUGACAUAACUUUUUAAGCUAAUCGACAUUUAAAGGUGCAUUGUCUAACUUUUUUGGUGGAGGGUCCAGCAAAUGCUUUUCUUUGUGGAGUUAUUGUUUUGUCUGGAAUGUUUCACAGUAUUUACACUUUCUAUCUUCAUGGAGACCAAACUAGACCAAGUUACAGGUCGGAUCUUUGGAAAGGCAACUAGCUCACAGUCAGAAUGCUUGUUUUUCUAGGUAUUUUUUUGAGCUACAAAACCACCUGUACUUGAAUAAAUGUAAGGUAGAGUUGUUCCAGUCAGAGAACAUUUCAGUCAGAGCAAUGACAUAUCCAGAGAAAGAGGCAGGUGACAGACCCCCACCCAAAAAGUUACAUAGUGCAACUUUAAGAUUACAACAUAUAACAAGUGUUUAAAUUGCCCAGUAAUAACAUUUUAUAUUUUUACGGUUUAUGAAAAGUUCUUUUUUUACAUUUAUUUUUAUCUGCCCCGUGUUUAAACAAAUUUGUGUGUUCACUUAAAAGAUAAUCAUGUAUAAAUUGGCUUACGGUAGCAUAAAGCUGUGAAGGCUACACAGGUACUUGCCAACUGCUUUUCAAUAGUGUUGAAUAAUGAAUGAAUUGUACAUAUUGGGUUGUGUUUUUCCAUGUUUUCUAAGUGCUUCCCAUGAUGACACUUUAUUGGUGUGUUAAAUGUUUUAGAUCUGUUUCUGGCCUAUAGCUGACUUCAACUGUGGAUACAUACAGUACAUGUUUACUUGGGUACUUGCAUAAUUGUGAGUGUAUAAAUACUUACUUGUACUACAUUACUGGCAAUGUUGUGUUAUCACCAGUCUUCUUAGCCUGCUGCUAUAUGCCAUGGAUUAACUAUAAAGGCCAACGAAUACAAUUGUUAGUUUAUAUUUCUGUUGGUUUAGUGCCUAUAAUGCUAUGUUUAAGGCUUGCUGUCUUGAUUUUUUAGAAAGAUUUCUGCUUUGUACUUUGUUUUUACCUUUCUAUGGGUCUUAUGAUGGUAUUUCAAAUGGAUGUCCUAACAUUACGUUUGAUAUGAAUAGGAAGUUACAGCCUAUCGCAGCUAAAUGUCUAAAAGCUGUUGUAUGUUGUUGUUGCUGUUGAAUUUUGUGGAGGUAUUAACAUUUUCUAAAACCUUCCUUUUUGCACUUUGUCAUAAAUGCCCUGAUCUUUAAUCAAGUUCUAUUUAUAUAAAUAUUUGAAAUAUACAAAUCUUUAUCUAUAUAUUUGUAAAGGUAUUUCAAGCUACUACAGUAAAUGAGAAAAAGUAUAUUCUUUCGACACAGCCCCUCAGAGUUGUGCUGGUUUUUGCCUAUGUGGUUCAAACUGUUGUCCCGCACAGCAGUUGGACCAAAAUGAAUUUCCCAAACAAGUGAACAUUUGCUGUAAAAUAUUCAGACAUUUAUUAAAAGAUUUCAAGUUGA